AUGAACGGGCCCUUAAUGGCCGUUAUCGGCCACCAUGGGACCGCCAGCUGGAGUUCUCUCGACCUCCUGAACCGGGAACUCCUCCCGGGAUGGGGUCACGACGGCGGGGCGGUGACCGGAUCUUUGGCCCUCUAUGAAAGCCCGCCGCCCGCCCUUUUGCACAAACUACCUAUCUUUCCGUCUGAGUUCUUGUUUCCUUCUCUCUCCCCUCUCCAGGUGAUUGAGGCCUCUCUCUCCAAGUCUCUAUCGGGAGGCAUUAUGGCUAGCAAACGCAUUCAGAAGGAGCUUCAGGAUCUGCAAAGGGAUCCUCCAACAUCAUGUAGUGCUGGGCCUGUUGGGGAGGAUCUGUUCCACUGGCAAGCAACAAUUAUGGGUCCUGCUGACAGUCCCUAUGCUGGGGGAUUGUUCUUUGUUAUGAUUCAUUUCCCUCCUGACUAUCCAUUUAAGCCUCCAAAACUUAACUUUCAGACCAAGGUUUACCAUCCAAAUAUCAACUCCAAUGGCAGCAUCUGCCUCGAUAUUCUUAAGGAAAACUGGAGCCCUGCACUGACCAUUUCAAAGGUUCUCCUCUCCAUCUGCUCUCUUCUAACAGACCCCAACCCAGAUGACCCUCUUGCCCCUGAGAUUGCCUACGUUUACAAGAACCAUAGGUCCCGUUAUGAGGAGACAGCCAGAGCAUGGACCCAGAAGUAUGCCACAGGCUGAUGGGCUUGCAAACGCGGUAAAGAGAGCUUUGUUCUCCAAGGACCAAAACCAGGCUAAGUGCUAGUGUAAAUGGUAAGACAUGUAGUUUUGCUUAUUGACGUUAAAAGGAGGCCAGUACUAUGCCACUUUGUGCGAGGGUGUGUCCUCUGUACGUAAAACUCUCAACACAUUGUGAAGCUCUCUCUGCAUCCAAACCCCGAAUUUGUAACGUGCAUGAUCGCUAGCAUGGCAUGUUUGAUGGUGCUGCCUAAUUGUGAAUUAUUUUUCUAGAGAUGUUGUCACGUAUCUGAUUGUUGGGUUGGUAAAACCUUAUGAUGCCUCAGAACAUGUUUAGUCAUGGCACACAACUGGUCUUACAGAUUGUUCAUGUGUUUUUUAUUUUUAUUUUUUUUGAGAGUAAGGUUAUUCACGUGUUGAUAGUUUAAUUUCAUGAAUAAUAUUGAGCUUACAUCAGUGUUAUGCUGCAAUAA